ACGGCACACUGGCACAAAGGCCGUAGAUUUCAGCAGUAGCGCAGAUCUAAAACAGGCUCCCCUCGUCCAGCGCGAUCUACGCAAGUCUGACUUUUGUCUAGAAAUACCAAGGCCCGUUGGCAGUGUUUCGCCAACCUUCGCCACAGAAUGGCAGAGGUGACGAUUCGUCAGUUUGUGUGGACUAUGCUGUCGCUCUUCACGCUCUCUUUCUGGAUUAACCUGUCCAUCCUGAUCGAAUGGUCAACGCUGGUCGAGAACAAUGACGCUGAAAAUGUCAACAGGUGCAACCAUCAGCAAAAGAACCUCUGUCGAUAUCGAUAUCCCAUUAUCCGAGGACCGAGAGAUUUCUCCAUCACUGCAGGACCCGACUGGAACACAACGGCCGUUGGGGAUGAUGCCGACUCAUUUGGAAGAUGCCGUUGUGACGUCGAAUGCGGUCGCUACGGCGACUGCUGUGCGGAUGCGGCGGACGUGUACGAUAUCGAGUCCAGAAGUAGCCUGACAUCCCAGUGGACAUGUUUACCCAUGAGGACGGAGAGGGAUCGCUACAGAUCCGACCAGAAUUUUCACAUGUACAUGAUCGGAAGCUGUCCAAUCAGUGAUUUGUCCAGUAAUGACAAAUCCGUGGAAGCCUUGUGUCGCCGUCGAAAAGAUCCUGAAUCCUAUCAUGAGCACCAAUAUUCUUACUUGAUCGACAUUCCUGUAUUGUCAUUGGCAACCAACCGGACUUACGCCAACGUCUACUGCGCCCAGUGUCAUUUUGAUUCUCACCAAUUGGCCCAGUGGAACAUUUCCAUCAAAUGCGACGACGACAUUGAAAAGCACAAUUUAACUCGAGACAGAAUGUUUCGUCAAGAAAAUUAUCGUCCGGGUAAGAGGAGUUGGAUUUAUAAUCAAGAACACCUGACCCUUAAAUGCAUCUUCAUCAUCGAACAGUUCAAUAAUCCCAUCAAUUACCUCAAGUCAACGGCUGGUAGACAUUGCGUUUCGGGCUCGCACAACUGCGCAUCGGACUGGACGGGCACGGCAGAAGGCCAUAACUGCGACAUCUAUACGCUUUAUGUUGAAACGUCUGCUGUGGAGGUACCCAAGAACUCUCACUGCGUCGACAACACUCUUUACUCGUUUUCGAUCGUCAUGGAUUUCAAAUUUGGGGGAAACCAAGUCGGUAAAACAUGUCAGUCCAACGAGAUAUUCGAUCACUUGCAAAAAAGCUGUCACGCCGUUACCUGUGAUUCACAAAUGCUGAAACACGCCUCUGGAAUUUGCGUUGGGCGUCAGCAGCUGGCGGAAAGUGUCAACAAUGUUUCUUUGGGUUCCCGCUGCUCUAGAUUGACGAUGUUCAAGCAUGUCGAUUACUACUCAUUGGAUAACGGGUCUCUGGUGUUGAACAAAACGGGUGAAAUACUCCAGCCCAACGACUACGAGUCAAGCCGAAACGGCACAGUUCAGAUUUGCGAGAGCGAAUCGUUUCCAAGAUUCCUCAACGAACUCAAAAACUACCUGAAGGAUUCUUACGCGCAACGUUGCCUGUCGAACGUGUGUUUAACCAUCAGCGUCAUUUGCCUAGCAUUUCACAUUGCCAUCCAUAUCGCCCUUCCGAAGCUACGCAACGUGCCCGCCAAGAACUUGCUGGCACUUUCCUGUACCCUUUUCCUUGGCCAGUUUCUCUUCUUGACUGGCGUCGGAGCGCGAAACUCGAUCGGUUACGGGCCCUGUGCUUUUAUUGCAGUCCUGAUUCACUGGUCCCUCAUGGCCGCCUUCUUCUGGAUGAACAUCAUGGGCUUCGACAUGUGCCGAACCUUUGCUGGCUCGCAAAUCAAACCCCGCCUGCAGCACGCUUCCGUCACAAGACGUCGGACAACUUUCCGCUCUUAUUCUCUUUACGGAUGGAGCUGUCCGUCUUUAAUCGUGGUCGUCGCUCUCAUCGUGGAUUUCUGUGGUGUGACGGGCAGUGGAUGGGCCCCCCACUACGGGACUCAUCAGUGUUGGAUUUGCAACAAAAACGGGCUGGGACUUUUCUUCGUUCUGCCGAUGGCUGUUUUGUUAACAGUAAAUUUUGUUUUCUUUAUUCUUACAGCUUGGUCCAUCGUGAAGCAGUGGAGGGAGACCCAUUUUGCAAUUCGACAAAGUCGAACGUUCAAGCAAAAAAAGGGGAUCGCUAAUUUCUCCGAUAGUCUUAAAAUGUCCGACAUAAUUUACCAACGUAACAGGAAAUCAUACAUUGUCCGUUUGCGUACUCGGUUCUUUCUCUACGUCAAACUGGGGACGAUUAUGGGACUCGGAUGGGUCUCGGGUUUCAUCGCUGCACUGGCUGAUGUGCCUGGACUCUGGUAUCCCUUCAUUCUUUUCAACACUCUGCAAGGGGCGUUCAUUUUUCUGGCAUUUGAUUGCAAACGUAAAGUCUAUUAUAUGGUCUACGAAGUCAUUACUAAGCGACCGCAUCCGUCGAAUUUGUCAUCCAGCCAAAGGGUUUCCACAACGCCGACAACGGCAUCCACGAAGUUACAAGCAACGCGCAAGAUAUCGUUACUUACGCCACCAGUAGUUUCUAAUAACCAAAUGUAGCACAGUAGUCUCGGAAUCAUUCGUAGACGCAUUUUAAAAACAAAUACGAUCACGAAUAAACUUUAUGUUUCUUUCUUCAUUUUUAAAUUUAUUUUUAUGUCAAUUUUAUUAAAUUGAAUGUCAAUUCACUCACUGUUAUUAAAUACCACCCUUACAAAAAAACCAUCAGGUAUUUUCUAAGCUAUUAGAAUGGCAUAGUUCAUUUAAUUUCAUCUCCUGUCAUUAUAGUCCGAAUCCUUUUUCUGUAAUCUGUUCUAACUUUGAAGAAGGAUGACCAUGUAUGUAACUGCGGCACCUGUCAACUUCAGAUAUAUGUCAUAAUAUAUGUGAUACUUGAGAAUUUAAAAAAUAAAAAUAGGCUUACCCCAGG